CGUCACUCAUAUGCAAUCAAAACACCAGAAAGUUAACAUCACGCAGCCGAUCGAAGUGACCCAUCAGUGAAAAUCCUUGAAAAACAGUCAUUUUGUUGUGAAAUUUUAUCAAAAUUUUCGAUAACGAGAAAAUUUAAGUGAAAAUCUAUUGUGAGUAACAGAGGUUAAUAUCGAACGUCCAAAAUGCUAUCGCGUCUAGCUUGCUCGGGUCGCACUUUCGUGUCGACUCCGCUGUUGCAGUCCGCGCUGCAGCAGGUUCCCAGACGUCAGCCGGUUAUCCGCCAAUAUGCCCGCGAAGUCAAGGGCGGAGGCUCGGGUGCCAGCUGGACUAGCCGAGCGGAGCGCCAAACGUUGCGCGAACGGGCUAUGGCCCCACCCGGCCCGGCUGCCUACUCACUGGGAAAGGGAGCUUUGGCCGGAGGGGCCGCCCUUGGAUUGGGAGCGUUGUGCUUCUACGGGCUCGGUUUCGGCACUGGAACCAGCACCCUGGACAACUCGAUCGCGUGGCCUGAGUUUGUGAAGGAGCGCAUCCGCGACACGUACCUGUACUUUGGAGGAUCUUUGGCCAUUUCGGCUGCCAGUGCAGUGGCCGUUUUCCGGAACCCGACGUUACUGAAUUUGGUUUCGCGAAAUGGUUGGAUGUCGAUUAUCGGCACAUUCGCAGUGAUGAUCGGUUCCGGAAUGUUGGCACAGUCGAUCCCUUACAGCCCAGGAUUCGGAUCCAAGCAGCUGGCUUGGGCUGCCCACUCGGCUAUUCUGGGAGCCGUCAUCGCUCCCAUCUGCUUCAUCGGGGGUCCUCUGCUGACGCGAGCCGCCUGGUACACGGCCGGUGUUGUCGGAGGACUUUCGACCGUGGCAGUGUGCGCUCCGAGCGACAAAUUCCUCUACAUGGGAGGUCCGCUGGCCAUUGGCUUGGGGGUGGUGUUUGCCUCGUCGAUGGCAUCGAUGUUCUUGCCACCGACGACGGCCCUCGGAGCUGGCAUUGCUUCGCUGUCGCUCUACGGAGGCCUGUUGCUCUUCAGCGGUUUUCUGCUGUAUGACACGCAGAAGAUUGUCAAGCGGGCGGAACUUUACCCUCUGUAUGCGCCGCGGCCAUUCGAUCCAGUCAAUUCGGCUAUGUCAAUCUACAUGGAUACGAUGAACAUUUUCAUUCGAAUUGCGACGAUUUUGGCCGGUGGUGGCGGCAAUCGACGAAAGUAAAUUAAGAUUAUUUUCAAAAUAAUGUAAAUAAGCACUAGUUCUUA